UAUCCAUUUGCGGGAGAUCUUCAAAAUUAACCCAGAGGAUUAUUAUUAUUAUUUAGAUGUAAAUGCCUGAAUCCUAUGCAGCAGAGGGGCCCAUCGGUAAUUUCGCAUGCAAUAUUUCAGUCCCGUGGGCAACUUUAUAUGUGAUCGGCGGUUUGUUUGUCCGUUGCACCAUUUUUCGUCACCCUGUUAGAACUCGGAAAUCGGAACAUUGAAUCAAAAAUCAGAAUUUCAAUGGCGUCGAAGAAAUCCGUACGGUGUUUGAUGAACGGAGUUGGGUGGGCAAGAGGCGCGUCGAGGUUUAUCAGCGCGGUCCCAGAAAGCAGCGCUUCUUCGCCGUCUACUCAGCAUCUCAUCAACUUAGAAAACCAGUGCAGCGCCCACAAUUACCACCCUAUUCCUAUUGUCUUUUCUCAAGCUAAAGGGUCGACUGUUUGGGAUCCAGAAGGCAAAAAAUAUGUAGACUUCCUCUCAGCUUAUUCUGCUGUCAAUCAGGGACAUUGUCAUCCGAAGAUCAUGAAAGCAUUGGCAGAACAGGCUGAAAAGCUUACUCUCAGUUCUAGAGCCUUCCAUAAUGAUGUGUUUCCAGUAUUCGCAGAGCGUUUGACCAGCAUGCUCGGUUAUGACAUGGCACUUCCGAUGAAUACGGGUGCUGAAGGUGUUGAAACGGCUUUGAAGUUGGCGAGGAAAUGGGGAUAUCUGAAGAAAAAUAUUCCAAGAGAUGAGGCUAUAAUUGUUUCAUGCUGUGGUUGCUUUCAUGGUCGUACAUUAGCUGUUAUUUCUAUGAGCUGUGAUAGCGAGGCAACCAAUGGUUUUUGGCCCUUGUUGCCUGGCCAUCUCAAAGUUGAUUUCGGUGAUAUUGCGGCACUCGAGAAAAUCUUUAAAGAAAAUGGGGAUCGAAUUGCUGGUUUUCUGUUCGAGCCUAUUCAAGGGGAGGCUGGGGUUGUUAUUCCCCCAGAUGGUUAUUUACAGGCUGUCAGAGAUCUUUGCUCAAAGUACAACAUUCUAAUGAUUGCCGACGAAAUACAGAGUGGUUUAGCACGUUCCGGAAGAAUUCUUGCUUGUGACUGGGAAAAUGUCCGCCCCAAUGUUGUGAUAUUAGGAAAAGCAUUGGGUGGUGGAGUUUUGCCGGUGAGUGCAGUUCUUGCUGACAAAGAUGUUAUGCUCUGCAUACAGCCUGGAGAGCAUGGAAGCACAUUUGGAGGGAACCCUUUGGCUAGUGCAGUUGCCAUUGCAUCACUAGACGUGAUAAGAGACGAGAGGCUGGCUGAGAGAUCCGAUCAACUGGGACAACAGCUUCGACAACAGCUUGUGGAAGUUCAGCAGAAAUUUCCCAACCUUAUAAAAGAAGUACGAGGUAAAGGUUUGUUCAACGCUGUGGAGCUUAAUAGCAAAGCCUUAUUCCCCGUCACAGCUUAUGAUAUCUGCCUCAAGCUGAAAGAGAGAGGAAUUCUCGCAAAACCGACUCACGAUUCUAUUAUUCGCUUAACUCCUCCACUUUCGAUAAGUGCUGACGAGCUCCGAGAAGGUUCGAAAGCCCUAAUGGAUGUUUUCGAAGUUGAUAUUUCGAAUAUGAAGAAAGAGAAGCCAGAUAACACUCACUCUCACACAGUGUCUAAUGCGUGUGAUCGAUGUGGCCGCAACUUGUAUGCGUCGUCGUAAACAUUCUUCAGUUUAAGGAGACAAAGGUGGGGACAUAAUUAUAAUUAAAAUAAUAAAUUAAUAUUAAUAAUACUAAUAAAAAAUGGCACCUUCACUUUCCUAUUUGGGUUUAUUUAAGGACCUUAGCUGGAAUUUUCAUUAAUUGUGGGGGUCUUUGCUUUUAUUACAUGAAUCAUGAGCACCAAAUUCUGAAUAUUGAACGACUGGUUUUACCAUCAAGAUAUUUUUUUUAUGGAUUAAAUUUCAAGAUUUAAAA